AUGGAUACCGAGUCCGCAGAACAUCUCUUCGAGGGCAUGGAUACCGAUGAAAACCAGCCAGAUGAAGACGAGGAUGAAGCUGAGGGAUACGACCCAGAUGAAGACGAGCGCUUUCUAUCUCACAUCUAUGGACCCCCGCCCGCUGAUUUGAUACCUGACACGCCCAGGCCUUCCCGGGCUGAGCACAUACCAAUCCCUCGAGAGAACCUCAACUUUGGCAUCGACGAAAAUGCCCCGGCUUUUUCCUCUAUCGCCUUCCUCGUCAUCAUGCUCGAGCCAGAAGCACCAGGAGGAAAGUGUCAGUGGACCUUUGCGAUGCGUAACCAUACAACCGACAUGUGGCACAGCCAAGUCUUGUACGUCUCACCCGGGCCCGAGCCCGAGUUGAGUGUCGACGUACAUUAUCACAACCCGACAGAACUUCCCAACUACGUCGAGACAAUCACCUUCAAGGAACGCAGGAUCCCACACCGAACCGCCGCGAGAAUCAUAGAUGCCUGUAUGGCCGUCAAGAUCCCUAAUUGCGCCCAUCGAGAAUGUCCCAGUGCUGACUACGUGAUCGAUGUUGUCGAAGAGUUGGAGAGGCUUGGUGCCAUCGACCUCUUUGACAUGUACGAGUUGUUGACCCAGACGGCAAAGUACGGCAUCAAUCCGCUCGAUUCGGAUGAGGAGGAGGCGGAAGGGGGUCAGUAG